AUGGGUGCCGGUAGACGUAUGGGAAAGAAGCAGGGGCCACCCGAGGUGAUCACGAAUGCGCAGUUAGCCAGACUCAAGCGGAAGGCUGGCAUGCCGGUCGACGAUGUCCCUGCCGACGACUCGAACAAGAAGAGGCGCCGAACAGCCAAGGAGACGCCCGCACCGAAGGCCAAUGGGCGUUCAGAUAGCGUGAAAUCGGCUCCGGUGGCCAAGCAGAACGGCAGAUCGAAGCCUACGAAAGCCGCGCCGGAGCCAGAGCUCGAAGACGAUAUCAGUGACGGCAUUGGAGAGGGAUGGGGCGACUCGGACAUAGAAGAUGGCGAUGAGGCGAUGGGCGGACUCGGUGACGACUUCCUGGGCUCCGACGACUCGGUCUACGACUCGGACGCAGAGCCGGAGCACCGUGCCAUAUUCUCCGAGGACGAAGACGAUUCCGACGAUGCCGUGGAGAAACUGACGGCGGCCAACAUCGAGGGUCUGACGCGGAAGCUAGACGAGAAGAAUGCGCGGGAGGAGGCCGAGGCGCAGGCUGAGCUGGAGGAGGCUGCGAUACAGACCAACAUCGACGUCGAGAAGCCGCAUCUCCUAGACGAUGAGGAUGAGGAUACCGAUCUUGCGCAGAAGACGAAGACACUGCUGGCGCCUGAUCUGCAGUUGUUGCGCUCGCGGAUAACGGACACCAUCCGUGUUCUCGACGACUUCCAGAACCUGGCUGAGACGGGCAGGUCGAGAUCAGAAUACACGAGCUCGCUGCUCAAGGAUAUCUGCUCAUACUACGGCUACUCGGAGUUUCUGGCUGAGAAACUGUUCAAUCUGUUCCCGCCACGUGAGGCUCUCGCGUUCUUCGACGCCAAUGAGACGGCAAGACCAGUGGUGAUCCGAACCAAUACGUUGAAGACGAGCCGGAGAGAGCUGGCUUCUGCGUUGAUCAACCGCGGCGUCACAUUGGAGCCUGUGGGGAAGUGGUCGAAAGUCGGGCUCCAGGUAUUCGACUCAAAUGUUCCGUUGGGAGCAACACCAGAGUAUCUAGCCGGCCACUACAUCCUCCAAGCCGCAUCCAGUUUCUUGCCCGUCAUGGCAUUAGCACCUCAAGAAGGAGAAAAGGUUCUUGAUAUGGCUGCUGCUCCUGGUCCGAAAAGUACACAUAUCGCUGCAAUGAUGAAUAAUACAGGCUGCAUUUUCGCCAAUGAUCCCAAUAAGAAGAGAGCCAAGGCUCUUGUAGGCAACAUCCAUCGUAUGGGUGCUAGAAACGUAAUUGUCUGUAAUUACGACGCUCGAGAGUUUCCGAAGGUUAUGGGAGGUUUUGACCGAGUCCUACUCGAUGCACCUUGUACGGGUACUGGAGUCGUGGCCAAGGAUCCCUCAGUAAAGACCAACAAGACGGAGAAGGAUUUCAUGACUUUGCCUCAUACGCAAAAACAACUGCUUUUGUGCGCUAUUGACUCGGUAAACCAUGCAAGCUCAACGGGAGGGUUCGUAUGUUACUCAACUUGCUCUGUGAGCAUCGAGGAGAAUGAGCAGGUCGUGCAGUACGCACUCAACAAGCGUCCGAAUGUCAAGCUGGUGUCGACCGAUCUACCCUUUGGGAAAGAAGGCUUCACAAACUUUCAAGGCAAGACGUUCCAUCCCAGCCUGUCUCUUACGCGGAGGUUCUACCCCCACACGCUCAACAUGGAUGGAUUCUACGUCGCCAAGUUCCAGAAGGUCGGACCUACACCUGCCAACGCGGUCAAGGACAAGACCGGGGCUGCCUCGACACCCCGUGAGGAAGUCGUCGACAAGACGCCCAUUGCGGCGGACGAGAAGGUCCCUAGUGAGCUGGUGCAAGAUGACGGCUUUGGUGGAUUCGAUGACGAUGAGGACGAGGAGUACAUGAAGCGCGCCAAGCGGAACGCGAUGCGCAAGCGUGGUCUCGACCCCAAGGCCCUGGAGAAACCGAAGGCACAAGAUGGGAAGGCGGCGAAUGCUGAGGUCAAGGAGAAGGGUGAGGCCAAGCCUAAAAGCUUGGUGAAGGCGGAGACUAAGUUUAAAAACGAGGCGAAGCCGCUCAAGGACGAGGCCAAGGCAAAGAACGAGGCGAAGCCUAAGGGCGAGGGCAAGACGAACGGCGAGGCCAAAGUGAAGGGCCUUGCUAAGGCGAAAGAGGGGAGCAAAGCGAAGGGCGAUGCUAAGACGAAAGAUGGCAGCAAAGCGAAGAAGAGUAAGAGGAAGUCAUAG